GCCUCACCAACCCCUUCUAAGCAGCCUCGUCGUACGCCCUACCGACAGCGGUGGUGGUGGUGGUAGCGAUUACGAGCCAGGCGAAGUUCGCCGCGAUCCGCCUCCUUAUUCUCGUUCUGAUCGAUUUGCUGAAAACAACCACGCUGAGAAAAGACGGCUGGUGCAAGAACUUGAGGUCUUGAGGAAGCCAGUUAUUUUGAUUUGAAUGCUGCUAUAUAUGAAUUUGGUUGUGGGACUUGUUUUUUGGGUUUUGAAUUGGGAUAUUAAUUAGGGUAUUCAAAUGGGAUCAAAAGCUGACAUGGGGGUUUUACAUGAUUGGUAAUGAUGUCUGCUAAAAUAAUGCUCCAAUACCUCUUGAAGAACUUGCUCCAGCUACUUUUGGGGAAAAGAAAUUUGGGUAUUGCUUCCUUGAUAUCAUCAAUUGCAGGAGAGUGUGCUUUUGUGGUGUCAACAAUUUGGUUCAAAAGCACUUUCAUAUUAUAUAGUUGGGUUUUUUGAACAUUAGGGUCCCUAAGGUGGUUAAUUGGUUUAGUUUUUAGGUGUAGUUUCCAUUACAAAUCGGGUAUAAUGACUUACUGGAGAAAUGUUUCUUAUCUAUGAAUCAAUCAGCAGAGGGGUCUUGAUUCUUGAAGGAAGUGAAUAAAUGGGUUGUGUGAGUUUUACUGUUUACAAUUAAGUAUUGGGAUUUUUAUUUAGUGAUCUUUAUAGGGUAAACAUGAACCCAAGAAUAUCAAAAGGUACAUGAAGAGCAGUUAAUGGAAAUGGGGUGUCUUCUUUGCUAAUUAAUGUUCUUAAAGACUUGGUUAAAGUUGAUUGGAUUUUGGACAAGAAACAAACUUGGUUUUUCUUCUUGGUGUUACUCUGUUUUAAUGGUUUGGGUUUAACUGGCUUUUCAGGGUAUAGAAUGCGUGCAGGUUCUGCCUCUCCUGUUCGCCGGAGAAACGGGAGCCACCACUACAGUCCUGAAUAUGAUCAUUCAGACGGCCCCCCACCACCGCCACCACCACCACCACCCCGCCACCGUGGAUUUGGUAGAGGGAGAGAUUCCGGUAGGUUCCGUGACCAUUCACCGCCGCCUUACGGCCGUGGCCGGUUUGGCGGCGGCAGGUUUGGCGGCAGAGGGUUUGAUGGCGGCCCUGGUAUGGGCCCGGGUGGUUUCAGAGGUGGUGGUGGUGGUGAUGUCAUUCCUAGAAACAACCCUAAUGUCCGUCCACGUGAAGGUGAUUGGAUGUGCACAGAUCCCACAUGUAACAAUUUGAACUUUGCAAGGCGAGAGUAUUGCAACAACUGCAACAGGUCCCGCUAUGCCGGACCCGGGAGUCCACCACGGAGGGGCUACCCAGGGCCGCCACUGAUGGGGCGGCGGUUCACCGGACCACCACUCGACCGGUCACCAGGAAGGUUCAACGGGUACCGAUCACCUCCACGGGGUUUUGGAAGAGAUGGGCCGCCUAGAGAGUUUGGAAUUGGUGGUCCGAUGAGACAUGAAGGAAGGUUUCCAAGGGAUCAUCAUAAUCAGAGGCCGGAUUACUUUGAAGAUGAGAUGAGAGAGAGGGGAAAUAACAGGUUUGAUCAUAGGCCAAUGGUGCCACCACCCGAUUGGGGAAGAGAGAGAAAGGGGUAUGACAGGCGGCCGGUAUCUCCGGGAGGGCCACCACCGCCGUCAGCGGUGGGGCGUGGCAGUGGACGGUGGGUUCGUGAUGAGAGAGAGAGGAGUAGGUCGCCGGUUAGGGGCGGACCGCCGCCACCUUCGAAGGAUUAUAGACGGGAUGCCUAUGUGGAUAGGGGACGGGAUGAUCGAAGGGGCAUGGGUCGUGAUCCGUAUUAGUAUUAGUAUUAGAUAAGAUUGAUGUGAUUCAUGUGGUUUUUGUAGUUGUGAACCAUAUAUUGUGUGGUUUUGAGAUGUGUUGAAAUUUGGUUAGAUAUUUGGUACAUUUUAGUUUGAGAAUAUCAUGCAUCUUGAUGACAA